UAAGCGCGACGACUUGAGAUAAGGUUAGCCCCCUUCUACCGGCGUUGAUUAAUUCUGUUGCUAAAACUUGUGGAAAACACUCUUCAAAAUGUCUAUGCUAAGGAACAUUCUUAGGUUAUCUGGCUCCGUAAGGACAUGCCAAAGUAGACUCAGAGUACCACAGCCGGUUAGAUUCUAUGCAGAGGAUGCAGCUAAACCAGUAGCGGCGACGCAAAUGUCAUUUACAUUUGGCAUGCCGGGACAGAUGUUUUACAGUGAUGCUGACGUGAAGCAGGUGGAUGUACCCUCGGGCACCGGAACCUUUGGCAUUCUUGCCCAGCACGUCCCCUCACUGGCUGUCUUAAAACCUGGCGUCCUCAGCGUACUGGAGCAUGACGGCUCCGUCAAUAAAUUUUUUGUGAGCAGUGGUUCCGUGACAGUCAAUGACGAUUCAUCAGUGCAGAUCCUAGCAGAGAUGGCCGUACCUGUUGACAAACUAGAUCCUGCAGCAGUUAAAGAAGGCUUGUCCAAGGCCCAACAAGAACUAGCCGCUGCCAGCACAGACCUAGCCAGAGCAGAGGCCCAAAUAGCCAUAGAUGCACACGAAGCUAUGGACCAAGCCAUUGCUGGCAAAUAAAGAGGCUAGCAUCCGGUCUUCUAGUGUAUAAAA